UUGGACCAGCAUGAACCUUUUUAAUCCAUCUUCUUGCGCAUGCGUCAUGGAGAGUACCAGAUGGUCCAAUCAGCUAUUUUAACAAACGCCAAAAAAAAUCCCUUAUUGUGAGUUCCUGAAGAUGGCGACCGCUCUGCUGGUGUCGGCUUCGGUUCCUACAAAUCCUGAAAAGGAAAAAUGUGUGGUGAUGAUUCAAAAGGUUCUGAGUCCUGAAGCUUACAUCAAGCAUCCAUUACAAAACAGGUGGGCUCUGUGGUUUUUCAAGAACGACAAAAGCAAAACAUGGCAAGCCAACCUGCGCCUCAUCUCCAAGUUCGACACGGUGGAAGAUUUCUGGGCAUUAUACAAUCACAUUCAGCUGUCCAGUAACCUGAUGUCUGGCUGUGACUACUCGCUGUUCAAGGAUGGCAUCGAACCCAUGUGGGAGGAUGACCGCAAUCGACGAGGUGGCCGCUGGCUGAUAACGCUCUCCAAGCAGCAACGCAGAGCGGACCUGGACCGGUUCUGGUUGGAGACGCUCCUGUGCCUCGUGGGCGAAGCCUUUGAUGACUCCAGUGACGACGUGUGUGGCGCCGUCAUCAACGUCCGGGCCAAAGGAGAUAAGAUAGCGGUAUGGACCACGGACUUCGAGAACAAAGAGGCCAUCACACACAUCGGGCGAGUGUACAAAGACAGAUUAGGAGUCCCGCCAAAAGUGGUCAUCGGGUACCAGUCACAUGCAGACACGGCCACCAAGAGCGGCUCCUCCACCAAGAACAAGUUUGUUGCCUGAUGACAGACGACCGCCAUCAUCAUCAUCAUCUUCAUCUUCAUCUUCUUCUUCUGUUUAAAUCUUCUCUAGUUUUUUCUUCUCCGUGAAUGUGACCGCCGCGUUCGUCCACAGAGACACAUCUGGAGCUUCCAUCUCGCCGUCUUUGUUGCCACGUUACCAAAGCCUUUGUUUACCAUUAAGGGGAGAUUCUGUGCCGUUACACAUGAAGCACUUUUUGUUGUUGUUGUUGUUGUUGUUGUUGUUGUUGUUGUUUGUGUUGCCGGGCUGAAGAAGGGUAAAAAAAAAAAAAAAAAAAAAAAAAGGAUUCUGAUGUCGAGAUUUGAUUUCAGCUGCGCUUGAAUAUAUUUAUGGAGACUUUGUUCUUUUUCUCCGUCCCUCAGUGUGAAGCGUUUAAUUUAAAAAAAAAAUGAAAAGAGGAAGAGGAUCAAACUGAGUCAAAGACACGACACCUCGGGUUACGACCCGUAGCGUUUAGUUUCAUACGUGUGAAGAUUCAUCACAAACAGUAACACAGCGGACUUCCUCCGAGUUAUUGUGAAAUCAGAUCAAAGAAAUUCAACCUGAACGUGCACAUUUAAAAUCCUUUGACAUGUCGGUGCUGCCGUCUCUCAGUUAGACUAACCAUUUAAAACCUCCUGCGUUCCUGUUAGAGCAGCUGGUGCUACAUUCAAGACGAGUA